UUUAAAUAAAUUACUUUUUUGCACUUAUAUUUUGCGAAAUAUACAUUGUAAUAGUUGAGGUUUCAAAAUUUAAAUGAACUCUCGUUUAUAAUGAAUAGUAAACAAAAAAGAGGUAAAUAGAACUUAAAACAAAAUGAAAAUAAUGUUAGAGAAAAAUUUAAGUACAACAAAGAAUAAUCUUUGAAAUAUGGAAAAUGAAACAAAAAGUCAAAAACAGUAAAUUACCCGGAAAAUAUGGAACUAAUUUCACAAAAUUCCCAAUAACAUGAGUCUUCUUGACUUCUUCCUUCAAGUUGGUUCCUCAUGCUUCACCCGCCCGCCAACCCGACUUCCACGUAGACUUUGGGUCCGAGUCAGAAACGGGCGGAUCAUGUGGACCACAUCACGGCAGCCCAUAAAGGAAGGAAGAUCCUUCCGAAUAUUCUUCCGUGGGUCCCCACUGCCCUCACUCCUAUCCGCGCCUCCACACCGCCUUUCGUCGUCUUCUUAUCCACAACCCUGCUUUCCUUUCCCCCAAUAUAAAAGCCGUUCUUCUUCGUCUCGCUUCACACGCUCAAUCUCAAACAUUUCCUCUUUUUGAAUUCUCAAAGUACGCGUAAUCAUGAUUUCCGCUGCAGAUCAAGAGCAGCUCCUUCAGGAUCUCCAGGUCUUCAAGAUCAAAGGCAAAGACAAGCGCGGCCGUAAAAUCCUCCAGAUUUUCGGAAAGUUUUUCCCUGCGAGGAUUGUGAGCGCUGAGGUCGUGAAUAAGUACCUGCAGGAGAAGGUUUUCCCGGAGCUUGACAACCGGCCGUUUGCGGUCCUGUAUUUCCACACCGGCGUCGAGAAGAACGAGAACUUCCUCGGAAUUUCAGCGAUGCGGUCAAUCUACGACUCCAUUCCGGCCCCUGUUCGGCAGAAUCUCGAGGCCGUGUACUUCGUCCAUCCCGGCCUUCAAUCCAGACUGUUUCUAGCCACCUUUGGCCGGAUCAUCUUCUCCGGAGGAUUGUACGCUAAGCUGAGAUACAUAACCAGGUUGGAUUAUCUGUGGGAACACGUGAGGAGGAAUGCGAUUGAGAUCCCGGAGUACGUUCACGAUCACGACGCGGAUCUGGAGUACCGUCCGAUGAUGGAUUACGGCGUAGAGACGGAUCACGUUCGGGUUCACGGUACACCCGUAUUGGACACACCGGAGCCGAUGCUCACGAUGAGGUGUAUCUCGUAGCGACUCACCCCCAUGCGACGUCGUUGCGGAGCUUUUGAAUGUACUGAAAAAUCAAAAUUCAAAAAGGCCUAAGGGCUUCUGUCCCUAUAGGCCUAUAGAUGCCUUUCUACUGUUUUGAUUUUUUUGGCUUCUCCACAAGGAAAAUUGUACAUAUAACGCCAUACAUUUCAGUGACUUGUGACGUUUCACCUGUGAGUGUAUUGUAGUCUUAAGAAAUAUACCAGCGUUGAAUGAAUUUGGUCACAUUGUUGGGCUAACUAAAGAGCCUAGAUUCAAUUUGUUAAUUUUGCAAUUGAAGAAAUUACAUGUAAAAAGAAAAAUUAUACUGCCAUCAGAGUCCCG